UGGAGUGUUAUACAUCUUUCCGUUUUAGUUUAUGUUUUUCUCUUCAACUUCUUCUAGAUUUUCUCUCCAAUUAUUUGUGAAAUAAAAAAAAAAAAAAAUCAACCUGGUUUUAGAGCCUUUCAUGAUCUUUGAGGGCUUGUGUGAGAAAGAUUUGAGGGAAAUCUAUCACCACAAACUCUGACCAAACCCAAAUGGCUUGGUUAACUUGACGUCCUUCAAUCUUAUUGAGGCAGAAGAUUUGUAAGAAGCAUGAGCAAAAGAGGCUAGUUUGAUGGUGUUUUGUAUAUGUUGCUGGUUGGGACCAAGAGUGUACUUAACAUUGCAUCAAGUCAUUUUCAUGACCAAGUAGCCAAAUCUUUAGCCUAAGGAAGCUGUAGAAGAUGAAAAAGAUGAUGAAGCAGCACUUUGAGGUACCAAAAUCCUUGUUUUAUUUACUUAGAAAAUGCAACUUAGUUGCAAAACCUCCAAAAUUUGUUUGGGCAGCAAAUUCCCAAGGAAGGAAAGCUGCAAUGGAGGAACUGAGGUUGUUUGAGAAGGGUGGUACAUGGCUGUGAAGAAAAUAUGAAAACCAAAUGCAAGAUGUACAGUCAGUCAAAAUGAUUAUUCGGCAUAAUUUUUAAUUUCAUUGUCUUUCUUAUGUGCUGUCUAGUUUAUUGGUGUUCUUAAUGUCUUUUUAUCUCCUUCCUAAGAGUGUUAUUUGUAAGUUAGAUAAAAUUAGGAGAAGAUUUUUAUGGGGGGCAAUAAGGAGAGUAGGAAGGUGGGAUGGGAUGUAUGGGAGAGGGUGUGCAAGAACAAAUUAGAAGGAUGCUUAGGUAUCAAAAAUUUUUCAUGUUUCAACCCUUCAUUACUAGGAAAAUGGUGGGGAAGGUUGCUAGAUGGGAAGGGGGGAUUGAGGAAAAGAGUGUUGUUUGAGAAAUAUGGGAAAAAUGAGGGGAAUUGGCUAUCAUGGGUGAGGAAGGGUAGACUUUCAGGCUCAAAAUGGUGGAUGGACGUGUGUAGGGUGGAUGAGGGAUUGGGUAUGAAGAGAAAUUGGUUGAGCUCAGGGUUUGCUGUAAGGUUGGGAGAGGGAAGAAAGGUGAAAUUCUAGACUGAUGUUUGGGUAGGAGGACAGGAAUUAUCUAACAUAUUUCCUCAUUUAUUUUUGAUAGCUAAAGAUCAAAACUGCAAUGUUCAAGAAAUGGGGCAUUGGAUUGAAGGUAGAUGGUGCUGGAAACUAUCAUGGUGCCGCGAACUCUGAGCAUGGGAGGAGGAAAUGGAGAGGAAGCUGUUUGAUGUGCUUAACACGAGUCCUCCAGUUCAGAACAAAACGGAUCAAUGGAGAUUGAAUCUGGAAAUUUCUGAUAAUUACUCAACAAAAUCUGCUUAUACAUGGCUCCUAAAUAAAGCGGACUGCCAAGCGUUGGAUUAUAAAAGGUUGUGGAGAGCCUUUGUUCCACUAAAAGUAAGUGCAUUUUGUUGGUGAUUGCUCCAAAAUAGACUCCCUACAAAGGUUAAUCUAUCUGUUUGGGGGAUUUUGGAAGCACAUUCGAAUUUAAGUUGCUCUUGGUUUGGUUUUUCUUCUGAGACAAUGGACCACUUGUUUGUUAAUUGUGAUUUAGCAUUUAAUUUAUGGAUGAAAUGCUACAGGUGGUGGGGUAAACAUUUUGUUUUGGGUAACUCGUGUAUUAAUGUUUUUGAUCAGCAUAAGUGGCUUGGGGGCUCUAAAUUACUGGAUAAUUGCUGGAACAUCAUCUGGUUUGCAAUAAUAAGGACAUGUGGUUAGGAAGGAAUGAUCAGGUAUUUCAUAAGAAGGAUCCACAUGUGGAUAGAUUUUUUGAGCUGGUACACAUUCGAUCAUUCUAUUGGGCAAAGUAACAUUGUGGGGGUGGAGAAUCUCUUUUUCAGAAUGGAUCGGCAACCCAGUUGAAUGUUUGAGGUAUGAGAGAUUAAUAUGUUAUAGGUCUUUUGUGGAUUAAAGGGUGAAUUGUGAAAUUAACUUGUAACAAUUUU